CGUUAGCUUUGCUCCCGUGUGAGCUGAGUGUGUGAGCUGAGUGUGUGAGCUGAGUGUGUGAGCUGAGUGUGUGAGCUGAGUGUGUGAGCUGUGGCAGUAACAAUGCCUUCAGUUCAGUCUCUGAGAGAGUUUAUCAACGAGCGACUAACUGCUGCUGCUGAACAAAUAUUCUUGGAGUUUGAAAAAACGAUCGUCCAGUACGAGGAAGAGAUCGACCGUCAGCGCAGACUGCUGGAUAUCACGGCAGACGUCCAACAGGAGCAUGUCUGUAAGGAGGAGGAGGUUCUCCCUGAGCAGCAGCUCUGGAACCAGGAGAGGAGCUCCAGUGUGGAGCAGGAGGAACCAGAACCUCCACAGAUUAAAGAGGAACAGGAGGAACUGUGCAGCAGUCAGGAGGGAGAGCAGCUGGGACUGAAGGAGGAGACUGAUACCUUUAUGGUGACUGAAACUUAUGAGGAAAGUGACCACACUGAACCAGGAGGAGACAGGGAGCAGCUUCUCUUUGAGAGUUCUGUGAACAACAACAGCAGAGAUCAGCGAGCAGAACAUUAUAAAGAAGCAAGAUCAACCAAAACCGUAGAGUCAGAGUCAAAAAAGAAGCAUCAGAGUAACAAUGGAGACAGCUCAGUUAUGGCAGAGAGCGAGAGUAACACAGGUACAGGUGUGAAGUCUGUAAAAUGUUACGUUUGUGAAAAAACUUUCAAGAAAAAAUCUCAGAUGCAGAUACAUUACAGAACGCACACAGGUGAGAAGCCGUAUUCAUGCAAAACAUGUGGCAAACGAUUCAGCCAAAACUGCCAUUUAUCUGUUCACAUGAAGAUCCACAAAGGGGAGAAACCGUUCCCCUGCAAUGUAUGUGAAAAAACCUUCCGAGACACACUAACACUGAAAUAUCACAUGAGGAUUCACACGGGCGAGAAGCCAUACUCAUGCACAAUUUGUGGGAAAGGUUUCUGUCAAAGUAAUAACUUAAACAUCCACAUGAGAACACACACAGGCGAGAGACCUUACCCCUGUCACAUCUGUGAGAAAAGAUUCAUUGACUCCUCCACACUUAAGAGACACAUCAGAACUCAUACGGGUGAGAAGCCGUAUGUUUGCAAUACAUGUGGGAAAAGCUUCAUUCAGAAAAAUAUUCUGUCUGUCCACAUGAGGAUCCACACCGGUCUCGUGAACUCUUGUUAGUCCACCUAAGAACACACUCAAAGUAGUAUUUCUGUGAGACUUGUGGGAAAAGUUUCAGUGAUCGUGGUAUUUUUACCGCCCACAUGAGAGGGCACUCAGGUGAGACGCUGUAGCUGUGGGAAACUAGAAAAGGACUCACGUGUAGCAGGUUCUUAUUUGGUGCAUACAAAAGUACAAAAGAAAAGCAGUCCUCAUACUGAAAGCACCUUUGAACUGUAGUUCACUGUGAUUAUGUUAAUUUACUGCAUAUGACAUGUGCCAACAAGAUAGAGUUCAUGCUAAUGGUGAGUUGUCAUGCUGUCCUUUGGAUUCUUACAGAAAAGCAUCUCAUUAAGUAGUAAUUUAUUUAUUUUUUUGGAAAUUGUCUAUGCAAACUUUGACAGGAAACAGGAAGUGUAUUGUUGCCACGGAUUCACCAAAUUAUACUGUGAGCUGUUUCUUUUCAUUUUGAAAAAUCUAGUUCAGAAUUAGUUGUGAAGUUUGUUUUUGCUGUUUACCGUUAUAUUUAUAGGCCUGCAGGGUUCAGGUCUGUGGUGUCCUCCUCUGUCUUGUGGCGGACAAUUUUUUUAUUUUUUUUACUGGCACAGUCUGUGGGCCAUCUUAUUGUGACACCUGAUUGUUCUCUUAUUUAGUUAUAGCAGUAUUUUUAAAUGGUUGUACACAAAUUGCAUUGCAUUUUUAGAUAGUUGUUUACAAAAUUUGUGCAUAAGUUUUCAACAUGUACAAUUUAUAUUUGCAUUUCAAGUUAUGAAAAUAAUUCACUA